AUGCUUGACCCCCGCCCUUUUCACAUUCUGAGCUACGGCACUCUGCUGGGUGUCCAGGUCUACCAGAGCUUCGUCUCCGGCAUCAUUGCUUUUCGCGCCCUCCCACGCCCCCAGUUCGCCGCCCUCCAAGCCAAAAUCUUCCCUACCUACUUCGCCCUACAGACCGCGCUCCCGGUCGUUGUCGCAUUGACUGCCUCCCGCGCCGACCAGCCCCUCGGUGUCUCAGGACUCCUAGCGCCAGAGAACAAGUACAGCGUCCUCCUUCCGCUUGCGACGGCAUUCGUUACGGGCCUGGUCAACUUUGGCGUCUUGCGCAAGCUUACUGUUGAUACGAUGCGGGAGCGGAAGCAUCAGGAAACUCGCGACGGCAAGAAGAGCUACGACCCGCCUCCUCAUUCCAAGGAGAUGAUCGCCCUGAACAAGAAGUUCGGCCGUCUCCAUGGCUUGUCUAGCUUGGUUAACCUGGUGACCCUUGGCGCCACUAUCUUCUAUGGUGUUGUGCUGAGCAAGAAGCUUGCGUAG